CGGGUCGCCGCCACUCCCCGGCCUCAACAGUUGUUGUCAAAUCAAUUUUUAUGAUGCGUUGAACUGCACAGCCAGCCUGUCGGACGGCAGGACCAGCCAAGACUGCCGUGAGCGUGUGAAAUUAUUGCAGGAGCGUGAUAGGCUAGUUGAAAUGCAUUACGCCAAUUUCGUAUCAAUUGUGGACCGACUCGACUGCACCGACACCUACUCAGUGAUUUAUACUUGCUCUCAAUGUAAGGAGGCGUACCACGACUGGCUGUGCGCCAUGUACGUCCCGUUCUGCGGGUCCGAGGGCCGCCGGCUGCGGCCGUGUCGCAGCCACUGUCAGCGCGUGCAGCGCGUCUGUCCAUUCUUCCUGCCGUCGGAGAGAAAAUCGGCCGCCACGCAGUACGCCGGCGAGCCCGCCUUCUUCUGCGACGACCCCGACAUUCCGGACAUACCACCGUUCACCACCGGCUCCACGUACGGCGACCCGGACUGCUGUUACCACUCGUGCUGUGUGCGGCCCGACCAGCCCGAGUGUAGUGCGGACACGUGCAGCGCGGCGGCCGCCUGUCCGGGCCAGGCGGGGCCGCCGCCGCCGCCGCCGCCCGCCGCCCCCGCCUCCGCCGGCGCCUGGGCGGUGCGCUUCAAUCAGCUGCAGAGACACUCGCCGGCGGCCAAGGAGGCGUACCACGACUGGCUGUGCGCCAUGUACGUCCCGUUCUGCGGGUCCGAGGGCCGCCGGCUGCGGCCGUGUCGCAGCCACUGUCAGCGCGUGCAGCGCGUCUGUCCAUUCUUCCUGCCGUCGGAGAGAAAAUCGGCCGCCACGCAGUACGCCGGCGAGCCCGCCUUCUUCUGCGACGACCCCGACAUUCCGGACAUACCACCGUUCACCACCGGCUCCACGUACGGCGACCCGGACUGCUGUUACCACUCGUGCUGUGUGCGGCCCGACCAGCCCGAGUGUAGUGCGGACACGUGCAGCGCGGCGGCCGCCUGUCCGGGCCAGGCGGGGCCGCCGCCGCCGCCGCCGCCCGCCGCCCCCGCCUCCGCCGGCGCCUGGGCGGUGCGCUUCAAUCAGCUGCAGAGACACUCGCCGGCGGCCAAGGGUCCGGCCUGGCUCGGUCUGGGUCCGGUCUGGCUCAGUCCGGGUCCAGUUUUCCUCGGCCAGGGUCCAGUUUCCCUCGGCCAGGGUCCGGCCUGA